AUGAUUACGGGGCAUGGUUGUUUCAACGACUUUUUGCACAGAAUCGGCAAAGCACGUAGCAAGGAUUGCUCGUUUUGCGAGGCCCCAUGUGACAGUAACCUACACACCUUGGGCGGCUGUCAGGCAUGGGAAAGAGAAAGGCAAGUACUCGUAAGCGCCAUCGGCGGGGACAUGUCGCUGGGCGCGGUCGUGGCGGCUAUUCUAAAAUCGCGUGAAAAUUGGAUUGCGUUUGGUAAGUUCUGUGAGCACGUUAUGCUGCGCAAGGAGGAGGCGGAAUGGGAGAGACAGGCGGAGGCACACGGUGCGGAGUUUGGGUGGCGUAUUCGGAGGAGGAGGAUGAGUGACAUACAGCCAUAA